AUGAAAUUAACAAAAUUUUUUUCUUCAGCUACUCCAAGUAAACUCAAACCAACACAUCAAUCUAUAAAUAAUAAUAAACAAUAUUUCUACUCUUCACCAAAUACUUCCUCACAAUCAUUAUCAUUUGACGAAGAUUUAGAUGACAAUUUGUUUUAUAAAACUUUGAAAAAAGAUUAUCAAAAAAUAUUUCAUAAAGUUUCAAUAAUUUGUGUCCCACACUCUAAAAGCAUUCUAGGUUUAAGAAUGUCUAAAAAUUUCAUUGAGUCACAUUCUUUUAUUCCAUCGCCAUAUUUUCAGGGCCAAUUUCAAAGUAUUAAUGAUAAAGUAAUGAUAAUAGAAAAUAAUCAUGUAAAAACAUUAAAAGGGUUCAAAGAAGAAAGAAUAAUUAGAAUAUUGAGUGAUGAAUUAGUUUAUAAUGAAGCAUAUAAAUCAGUUCAAGUCCUAGUUUUGGAAAUGCCUUUAGAAGGUGAAUGGAAAAAAAUGAAUAGUGAAAAAUUUGGUGGAAUUUGUAUUCCACCAGAAAGAAAUCAUGAAAUGGAUCUACAAUUCUUGAAAAAUAUAUUAUCAUCAUCACAUAAUGACUCUUCAAUAAAAAGUAUGGAGGAUAUGGUGGAAGAGUUUAAAGAAACUUACGUGUAUGUUAGAGGUUAUGCUGGGUUUACUGUAGAUAAAAUUUCCCAGAUUUUUCAAAAAUCUGUUCUGAGUUUUCUGGAAUCCAACGAAACAUUGAGAUUAAUUUGUCAAUUACCACAUGAACAUGAUUAUUUCCUAGAACUAGUAGAAAAUAUUUUGAUGAAUGCUUUACAUGAAAAAAUAUUCAUUCAAUCACUAUUACCAAUUUAUCAUUCACAUGACACAUACCUUGAAUCAAUACUGAAUGUCUAUGCAAAUGCACACAUCACACUUAAAGAUUAUGGUGUAUCAGAACGCCUUCAAGAUAUCCCGGUAGAAAUGUUAGAAUCAGCGCGUGAAAUCUUGAAAUUGAUUGAUGGUGAUAACAACGAGUGUGAAUCAACAACUAUUUCAUCAUAUGCAGGAUUAGGAAUCACCAACAUAGAUGAUCAGGAUGAUAAGAAAUUGACGCAUAAUGAAAACUUUUUAGCUUCUAUACCUUCAACAACUCCAUUAGAGAAAUUGUUUUCCUCGACAGAAUUUAUUAAAUCAGACCCAUUGUCAAUUCACGAUGCUAUAUCCACCACAUCAUCAAUCUCAUCAAUCUCAUCUUCCCAUUCAUCAUUUAAAUUUCCAUCACCGUUAAUCAAUUCAUCUAAUCGUAUACGCAGUCGUGCAACUUCAAUAUCCACACCUUCUUCGCCAAUAAUCUCGUCACAAUUAAAUAAUCCGAAUAUUAACAAUAACGUAUCAACCAAUCAUUCCUCAAAUUAUUCCGUUACAACUCCUACUACAUCGUCACAAUCAUCAUCAAACAAUAGACGUGAUAAAUCACCUGCAAGGUCAUUUACUUCAACUACCAGUUCAAGAACAAGUCCUUCAGCGAUUGUUAAUAGUAAUAGAAAUCGUAAUUCACACAGCGAUGAAAUCAAUUCCUCUUCAUCAUCAUUCACCUCAACCACUUCAAGUGGAAAGUUGUCUUUUGAUAAUUAUUAUUACAAUUCAAAUAAUAAUAGCCCAUUUUGUGUGCCUACUAUAGAAGAUAACCAUCAUGAUGUUCAUCAACCACCGCAACCAUCAGUAAGAAGAAGAAGAUCUUCAAUUGCACCUGGUGGUCUAGUUAUAAAACCACAAAUUUUAUUAGUUCCUUCGCGUAGCCCUCAACCACCCUCUUUAUUACCACCCAGCCCUUCAUUAUCCUCAAAAGCUUUACCAACAAUAUCUGAUACAUCAAAUAAUAAUGAUGAUGACGGUGACGUUGCUGCACCAUUGCCAUUAAUCAGAUCAUCACAAUCAAGGUCUAAUUCUUUACAAAAAAUAAUUACAAUUACACCACGCACAUCAUCUCAUGCUAAUGGUGGUGGUUCCAAUAGCAACAAUUAUAUUAGUUUUUCGAAACCAAUACUCGAAGUUACAACACCAAAACCUGAAAUUUUGGGCGAUUUUCUUUCUGGCUUACAAAAUAUUGACGGUGAUGUUGUUUCUGGUGAUCGUAAUGGUGGAUUCAAAGUUAGAAAAUGGUGA